AUGAAGCCGUGGUUGCAAUGCCUGGCAAUCCUCCUGGUGCUGCCGUCCCUGAGCUCGGCACCACCCAACUUUGCAGGAGUCACAGCGCCAUCCAUGCCACCGCCGCGGAGAGCUCUUGGGGGAAGCCGAGGGCUGCAGACGCAGAUUCUUCGAGGAUCUCAGGGAGGUGAGAAAGCGAAAGAUCCCCCGUCCAGAUGGAACAAGAUUCGGCUUUGGCUCACUGAUGCCGAGAACCGAAAGCGUUUUGCAUCGAUGGGGGCUGCAGGUGUCUUGAGCUACGGCGUUGUGUCGAAUGUCAACUACAUUCCCCUCUUCGCUGGGGCAUGGUACCUCGUUUCGGCACGGACACACAUCUCUCCAGCACAUCAGUGGCCUGUCUUCCUCUCGACCUAUGCCACUCUUUAUGUCUUCAACAACGUGCUCCGGCCAGCCAAGCUGGUUGUGGUUGGCUUCGUGACGCCCAGGGUGAAUCGGUGCUUCGACUGGGUGAUGACGAAGUUUGGUAUUGGCAAGAAGCUCGCUGUUACCUUGACCUACGUCAUCUUGAACUUGGGUGCUGUGCUGCUCAUGGGCCUCAGCGUGCUUGGUGCCAGCGUGUUGGCUGGGGUUCCCAUCUGGUGA